AUGCUCGCCCUCGAUGACGGAGCGUAUUAUGUGGCCGCUGAUGACCCAUUGCCGGCGCCUACCUCCCUAAGCCUCUCAACCCUGUCGCCGGGGUUGGUAGCUAGCAGCUUGGGUAAGAUGGAACAGACUUUGACGCCGUCUGGUUGCAGUACCCAGGAAGAGCAUCCAGGGCUCGGCCGAGCGGACGAGCAGCAGCACCAGGUGUGA